UUGCCCGCAGUUCUCUUGAGCAGAGUGUGCUUGACCAGGCCAGCUGCUGCUUGUGCUCUAGUCCACCACCACCUUCAGACGUGCAACAUCCACACGUCUCCCAGAAGUUCAGCUGGCUCCCAGGCUGCCUCUCUCCAUUGGACAGGAGAGCGAGCCGUCAGUGUCCUCCUGCUGGGGCUCCUGCCUGCAGCCUACCUGUAUCCUGGACCCAUCAUGGACUAUUCCUUGGCUGCAACUCUCACCCUCCAUGGUCACUGGGGCCUUGGACAAGUGGUAACUGACUACGUUCAUGGGGAGACCUCUAUUAAAGUGGCCAAUACUGGCCUGUACCUGCUGUCGGCAGUCACCUUUGCCGGCCUCUGCUACUUCAACUACCACGAUGUCGGCAUCUGCAAGGCUGUCGGAAUGCUUUGGAGCCUCUGAGACAUGACGUACGCUACAGGCAAAACGCAAUGAUUGUUCACUGCUGCCUUCGCUUUGUUGUAUUAUCACAAAGUCAUUGAGUGAGGAAUAAAGAACAGCAAAGGGUCCUGUGCAUGCAGCAGAACACUUGAAGGAAAAUAGGUAUCCAAAUGUAGGCCUUCAGUUGUCGCUAUUCAGUGAGAUCUAGGAUCUCUUGCCAAGAAGUGAACCAGACUUGAGAUAGGCUAGAAUCAGGGAAGAGUCCAGAGACGAAGCUCUGGGGUUAAGUAAAGGCAAACCUCUAAUGAUUGUAGUGGCAGCCAGUGAAGCUGGCUAGCCUCCUCCCCCUGUCAAGUGGCAGCUUGGUUUCAACGGGUGUAACGUAAUUAGUUUUAUUUCUCGUCUUAUGUCUUCUUGGUCCCAACGGUGCAAUUAGCGAAUGGUGCACAUGCAUCUUGUGCAACACCCAAACGGUUGCAGUACAAAAAGGGAAAAAUGUUUAAUGUAUGAACAAUAAAGAGUUUACAAUAUCCUCA